AUGGAGGUCAUGAUGAAUGCCCUCAAGGGACUAGUAUCUUCUGAUCUCGACGACUUAGUGAACAGAACCGACUCAUCAUUCACCAUGUCCGCCAACUCAUUCCCCCUGCCACCGAAGUUCCGGAUGCCCCAGAUCGAAAGCUACAACGGGGUCAAGGACCCCCUCGAUCAUCUAGAGAUGCACCUUCAGGGGGUACUAGACGAGAUCAUGUGUAAGGCGUUCCCGACCACGCUGAAGGGCCCUGCAAGGGUUUGGUUCAGCAGAUUGACACCAAACUCCAUCAAUACUUUCAAGGAGUUGAGCGCCCAAUUCACCUCACACUUCAUAGGCAGACAUCGGUACAAAAGUUCCACCGUGUGCUUAAUGAGCAUCAAACAGCGAGAAGACGAGACGCUGCGGGCCUACAUAACUCGUUUCAACAAAGAAGCCCUUUCGAUUGACGAAGCUGACGAUAAGAUACUCAUAGCUGCAUUUACUACCAGGCUACGGAAGGGUAAGUUCUUAUUUUCCUUAUACAAGAAUGACCCGAAGACCAUGACGGACGUUCUCUACAGGACUACCAAGUACAUGAAUGCAGAGGAUGCAUUACUAGCCCGCAAAGAAAAGCCUAAGAAGAGGGAGAGGCAGGAGGACGCGCGACAAGAUAGGAGGCGAAAGGUCGCUAGAACCGGGGAUCAACGAGAUGAAAAGCACCCUAGACCCCCCAUUGGAAGAUUCACCAAUUUCACCCCAUUAACCGCCCCGAUCGAUCAAGUAUUGAUGCAAAUCAAAGAUGAAGGAGCAUUGACUUUCCCUGGAAAGUUGAAGGGGGACCCCAAAAAAAGACCAAGAGACAAGUAUUGUCGCUUUCACCGAGACCACGGGCACGACAUGGCCAACUACUACGACCUGAAGCAGCAGAUUGAGGCCCUAAUCAGGCAGGGGAAGCUACAGAGGUUCGUCAGCAGGGAAAGGACUGAUACACUAGAGGAACAGGCCCCACGACGGGAGAACAAGCGCCCUAGACCACCUAUAGGGGACAUAAGAAUGAUCGUAGGGGGCACAGCCGCAGCCGGAUCUUCCAAGAAAGCCCGCAAAACCUACCUCAGGAUGGUCCAUAUCGUCCAACUCAUAGGAUCCGUACCAAAGAUGUCGUGA